CUCGCUUGACCGCCCACCAAAACCCCCGAAAAAUCCCCAAACCUAGCCACUCGUCUUCCGAACGGCCGGCGACGAGGGAGGGAGCGGCGAUGGCGGGGACGAUCUCCCGCAUCCGGCUGGAGAACUUCAUGUGCCACUCCAGCCUCCACAUCGAGCUCGGCGACCACGUCAACUUCAUCACCGGCCAGAACGGCAGCGGGAAAAGCGCGAUCCUAACAGCGCUGUGCAUCGCCUUCGGUUGCCGCGCCAAGAGCACGCAGCGUGCCGCUACCCUCAAGGAUUUCAUCAAAACUGGCUGCAGUUAUGCAGCAAUUGUUGUUGAUAUCAAUAACCAAGGGGAAGAUGCGUUUAAGCCUGAAGUGUAUGGAAACUUAAUUAUAUUGGAGCGCAGGAUUACCGACUCAAGUAGUUCUACGAUUUUAAAGGAUCAGCAUGGGAGGAAGGUGGCACAUCGCAAAGAUGAUCUCACUGAGAUAAUCGAACAUUUUAACAUCGAUGUUGAAAAUCCUUGUGUGAUUAUGAGUCAAGACAAAAGUAGAGAAUUCCUGCACUCUGGAAAUGACAAGGACAAGUUUAAGUUUUUUUUCAAGGCUACUCUUCUUCAACAAGUAAAUGAGUUGCUUGAGACGAUUAAAGAUCAGCUAAACAAUGCAGACUCCAUUGUUGAAGAGUUGGAAAAGUCAAUUAAGCCGGUGAUGAGAGAACUUGAUGAACUACGACAGAAGAUAAAGAAUAUGGAGCAUAUAGAAGAGAUAUCACAUGAUAUUGAUAAUUUGAAGAAAAAAUUGGCCUGGUCCUGGGUGUAUGACGUCGACAAGCAAAUUGGGGAACAAACUGUGAAGCUGCAGAAACUCAAAGAGCGGAUUCCUGCAUGCCAAGAAAGAAUCGAUCGAAAUACAGUUCUUCUGGAUGAACUAAAGAAAGAACUAAUUGAGAAGGAAGAAAAUGUCAGAUCUUUGGCAAAGAAGACUCGUGAAGUACACAUGAUGAGGAAAAAUAUGGAUGAUAGCAUUACUGAGGUCGUGAAACAGAAGGUAGAAUUAGAGGCAGAGCAUGAUCGUCACACAGAUAUGCUGGGGAAGAUGAACAAACGCCUGAGACAAUUGCAGGCACAACUUCGUGAUUUCCAACUGCAGCAUAUGCAACAUACCCAGGUUGAAGCAUCUCAAAUUGAGGAAGAUAUCCAGAACAUACAGAGCGAAAUUGAUUAUGCUCAUUCAAAUAUUACAAGGUUAAAAGAGGAUGAGAAAGAAUUUUCCGAAGAAUUAUCAGGCAUUCUGAAAUCUAUCAGCGAGAUUACAAAAGAGAUAACUGAAAAUGAUAAAAAGAUUCAAGACCUAAAAUAUGAAACUGAUGAUCUCCUACAACGCCAAAGUAAUAAGGUAACUGCAUUUGGGGGACAAAGAGUUCUGAACCUCCUGGAGUCAAUAGAGCGAAACAAUAGAAGAUUCAAAAGCCCACCUAUUGGUCCAAUAGGAGCUCAUCUGCAACUUGCUAGCGACUUCUGGUCUUUUGCUGUUGAUUGUGCAUUUGGGAACCUUCUGGAUGCUUUCAUUGUCUCGUGUCAUAAGGAUUUACAAACGUUACGAGAAUGUGCAAAGCAAGUGAAUUACAAUCACCUUCGAAUUAUUGUAUAUGAUUUCACUAGGCCACGAUUAAACAUUCCUGAUGAUUCACUUCCUGCAACAAAGCACCCGACUGUACUAUCUGUUAUUCAGUCAGAAAACCAUACUGUACUAAAUGUAUUGGUGGAUCAGGGUAGCGCUGAAAGACAAGUCCUGGUUCAAGAUUACGAAGUAGGAAAAUCUGUUGCAUUUGAUCAUAGGAUACGAAACAUUAAGGAUGUCUAUACUUCUGAUGGGUACAGAAUCGGCUGGACAUCUGUUUUCCGGAGUUAUCCAGUGGCAAGUGGCAACCUAAGGUUCUCUAGAGGUUCUGUUCAGACCAUUCUUCCUCCAAACAAAAGGCCGAGAGCUGGUCGUUGGUGCAGUUCACCGGGCGAAAGAAUAGCUGAACUGAAGAACGAAGUUGCUGAUUUUCAGAGAAUAAACUCGGAAAAGAGGGGUCAGAAAAGGAAACUAGAUCAUGAUCGAUGCAACCUUGAACAGAAAAUAACAAGUUUAAAGAGGAAACGGGAACCCGAGGAGCGGCGUUUGGCGAAUAAAAGACUGCAACUUGAUGAUGCCAAGAAAGCUUCUGCAGAAAAUAAUAGUCAUACUGCUGUGGAUACCAGUGAACUAGAGGAGGAAUUAAAGCAUGUGAAGAACGACAUUCAGCAGAAAGAACUAUUACUGCAGAAGGCUAAUGUAAGGUUAACAGCAAUUUUACGAGAGGUGGAUGAUAGAAAAGCGGCGUACAAGACCUUUAUGGAUUCUGUGAAUGAUGAGGCGGGGCCUUUUAACAACGCAAGUAGUGAAUUAGAUCUUGCGAAGGAGAAACUAGAAGCAGCUCAGCAGGAGAAGACCCACUAUGAAGGUGUGAUGAGAAAUAAAGUUUUACCUGAUAUUAAAAUGGCCGAAGAAGAAUAUGCAGAGCUUCAGCAGCUUCGGCAGGAUUACUUCAAGAAGGCUUCGAUUAUAUGCCCUGAGAGUGAUUUGGAAGUUCUGAGCCAUGUGGCAGGAUCCACCCCUGAACAAUUAAGUGCUAAGAUAAAUAGAUUGAAACUGAGAUUCGAUCAAGAAAGCAGAAGAUAUUCUGAGUCCAUUGAUGAUCUGAGGGAAUUGCAUGACCAGAAGGAGCACAAGAUCUUUAGAAAGCAACAGCUGUAUGCAGGUUUUAGGCUGAAAUUGAAUUCGUGUCAAAAAGCAUUGGACAUGCGAUGGAACAAGUUCCAGAGAAAUGCUGGCCUUUUGAAGCGACAACUGACAUGGCUGUUCAAUGAGCACCUGGGAAAGAAAGGUAUCAGUGGGUUCAUCAACUUGGAUUACAAGAGUAAAGUUCUUUCUAUUGAGGUCACCAUGCCUCAAGAUGCAUCCCGUGAUACAGUCAGAGACACUAGAGGGCUCUCAGGAGGAGAGCGAUCUUUUUCGACACUUUGCUUCACCUUAGCUCUUCAUGGAAUGACAGAAGCACCUUUUAGGGCCAUGGAUGAGUUUGAUGUAUUCAUGGAUGCGGUGAGCCGCAAAAUAAGCCUGCACACCCUUGUAGAUUUUGCUGCCGCACAAGGAUCACAAUGGAUAUUUAUAACACCGCACGAUAUCAGCAUGGUGCAGGCUGGAGAUCGGAUUAAGAAGCAGCAAAUGGCUGCUCCUCGCGGUUGAGUGCUCACCUUUAUCUCCUGCUUGUUUCGUGUUUAAGCUGAACAUAGCUUAUUUUGAAGUGUAUACUGUCAGCUACAAUAUGUCAACAAGGCACCAGCAUCUGUUUCUGUUAUUAUUUAGAAACGAUGUAUGUUUGUAUGUUUGACUUGAAGUGAACUGAUUGUGGUGGUGCGUCUUUUAGCUUGAGCAACUGUGUUCCAUUCGUCCCAUGUUAAGUGUUUCAA